AUGAAUACAUCUUAUUUGAGUGAUGCAUAUGAUUCAUUCUUAAAUGAUAUAAAACAAGCGAAGCGAAGAAACAAUUUCUCCAACACACACAUAUUACUGAAUCAAAAUUUAAGUAACACGAAUGACGAGGGGAAAAAUGAUAAGCGCGAAUUUUUCAAUGCGCAUGAAAAUGAAACAGAAUACAGUGGUGAGGAAAAAGACAGGAUGUCAGUGGAAGAGAAGCGGCAACUAGAACUUGAUGAAAAAGAAGAAGAUGAGGUGUCAUGGCUACUUAAUAGUGAAGAAAUCCUAGAAGAUGAUGAAAUAACUGAAAGAGAGUCAGUUUUAGACGAAGACAGAGCCAGUGAAGUGGAAAAAGAUGUGGAACAAGGAAAGGAAGGUGAAAAUUUACCAGAAAAUAGACAGUCCGAGUUUAGCGCAGAAGACAGACGACAAAUAAACCUAGUUUUACGUCAACUAGAGCGACCACCAUGCAUAUUAAUGCCGUUAUACUAUUUAUGCCGGUCAUGUUGUAGUACUCUGAGGCAAUACGUAUUGAAAUUCGACUUCGUAAAAAGCACUGGGAUUCACUGCUAA